AUGGCAUCCUCCGACCCCAUCACCAUUGCGGCAGACCUCACAGCUGCUUUGGGCGCCGCUCGGCGCAUGGGGUGGGCUCCCGUGGUGGGGGAGCUCACGGCGGAUGCGAUUGCCGACCUCAACGACGCCGCUCAGGCGGCGAACCUCUUGCUCGAGGGCACGGCGGCUGGGACAAGAGGCGUUGGGACUCUGGAGAACAUCCCCGAGGUCGGCGAGGAGUCCGACGACGAUGUGGUCCUGGGAGCACCAUUGGUGGCGGCGGGAUCAGCAGGAGGUGCUGCCUCGGCGGUGGCCUCGCCCAAAGCCGCGGCGCCAACACCGAUUGCGCCUACACCACCGACGCCAUCUGCGGCGGGGACCCGAGUGGCACCCCCAGUCAAGGCGACGCCUCCUGAGCUUUUGGCGCCACCACCCAUGCCUACACCGACUGCGGCGUCCAGGGCAUCCUCACCAGUGGGCGCCGAUUUCUUCAUCGGCGCAGCCACCAAGGCCAAGGCCAACUUGCUGCUGGCGGCGCGCGCGGACCCUUGGGAGGUCGCGAUGCUUACCUCUAUGCCAGCCUCGGGCACGGCGACCCAGCCGGUUCGGUGCGGCGGGCACCCCCGCACCCAAAGGCCAUCUUCGCGGCGCUCAAGGUACAGGAGGCCGCCUCUGGCUCCGAAGCGGCGUCGUCAGAGCCGCGGCAGCCCUUCUUAUCACGGGCUUGGCGGCGAUGCAGAAUCGGCGUUGGCAUCGGGGGCCACCAUGCCGACGGCGCAGCCAAAGCACAAGGGACCACCAGCGACCACCAUCCCGCCCACGGCGCUGACGGUGGAUCCCAAUAUGCGGUGGCCACAUUCACCCCCGACCUCGGCAUUGCGGCGUCUGUCACAGUGCCAGCGGCGGCGCCACCGCAGCCGCGGCGCCGGCACUGCUCAGAGAGGAGGCGGCGACCGUGCCACCCCUGGUCAAGCAGCCGCGGCGCGGAGAGGCUCUAGCCAGGAUCAGGGCCGCGGCGCAGUUUACCAGCUUUCCCCCGAUUGGCCAACGCCCGGCGAAUGCAAGCCAGCGGCGCGUAUGAUCCUCGAUGCUGGGGCGGCCAUGCCGUGGACGGCGGAGGAAGCUGGCGAGGCCGCGGAGAUCUCGCCGGAGUACUUCGAGUACAAGCGGCACAUGGAAAGGGAGCUGCGGGAGAUUGAGGAUAACGGCGCGGUGCCCCGCCCACCGACGCCAUGCCGCGGCGAGGACAGGCCCGAGACGGACUACCCGUUCUUGCGGCGACUGCCUCCGGGCAUGGUCGGCGCCAGGAUCACCCUGCGCCACAGCCGCGAAGCGGUCUGGGGCGGAGAGGGAAGAUGCCUCCGCCCGGCCUCAGCGGCAGGGGGCGGCGCUGAGGCGCCCCACGGCUGGGCCUUCUUCGACGCUGGCUUUGGUCGGCGACGACGCCUUCCCGAUGGUCACGCUCGGCGUGGUUUUUGCUCGAUCAGAGUCCUUUUCUGCAUGUUCCGCGGCGCUCGGUGUAAGCCGACGCUUGCACCUCGAUAUGAGCUGCGCCCCGGCGCCAAAAAGAGUGACUUCACCUGUGUGAGCGGCGUGCUUCGCUGCUUCCUUUUGCCCCGGCACCCGACCCUAACCCGCAGCCCCUUUUGGCCCGAAGUCAGACGCCAGCCCGGCGCUGUUUCCCCUUCUUACCCUGGCUCAAUGGCAGCGGCGCCGGCAUCGGAACCUCAGCCGGGCACCUUCGCGGCGUUCCUGGCCGAAGUGUCUGCAGCAGGCGGCGGGGCUUGCAUGACAACCUUCGCAGCCUUAGGGGUCACCUCGCGCUCGGCGGUCGGGCCCGCGGGGCCAGCCCUACUGAAGGCCGGCGUGCCCCAACAAAUCAUCGUGGCCCUCGGUGCCGGGACCAUCCCGCCAGAGCAGCGCGGCGCUGGUGCCGAGAAGGGCCGACCUACCUUGAACCCGAAAAACACUCAGCAAGCCAUCGACGCACUGGAGGGGGCGGUCCUUGCCUCUACCACCCGGCGGUCCGUGGACUCCGGGAAGAUCCAGAUCCUGGCGGCCCUGGCGGCGUGCCUCAAGGACGGCGGCUACAAGUCGGCCCAGCUCUACAUCGACGCGGCCCUCUACCACCACGAGCACGUGCUCCAGCGUGAGGUUUUGGCGUCCAAGACGUUUGGCCAGAGCGGCGACCAGGGGCAUUCCCGGCGCCAAGCUCAAGCAUUCGACCUCGGCGUCAUCGCGGUGCUGGUGCGAUUCGGCCCCGCGGACGGACCCUUGGACCUCACUCUGUCCUCGGCGACCUUCGGCGGCGGCAUCACUCUGGACAUACCUCUGCACAAGACGGCGCAAGGAGGCGAGGCGGAGCUGACCCGCCGCUCCCUACGCUGUGUCUGCACGGCGGCGGUGCACCCUCUAUGCCCGGCGUGCGCCGCCCGACGCCACCUUGCCAGGCUUCACGCCGAUGGGCAGAAGGAGCCCACAGCGGCGCUGUUCCCGACCUCCACCACAGAGGCUCGGACCAAGGCGGCGUCGCUGUGUUGGGGCCUGCGGCGUGGAAACACACAUGACCACGCCCGACGGAGACCGGGUGCCCAUCUUCGGCGGACACGCGGCCAGGGUGUCCGGGGCCACGUUCUUGGCGGCCCGCGGCGUGGCCGUCGCCAUCAUCCAACUCCUGCGGCGGUGGAACGCUACACACAGGCAGCCCCACUGACCUGCGCCGCGGCGGCCAUACCGGCGCAGGCCCUGGCGCCGGCCGCUGCAGCCGACGGCGGGACAGGGCGCUGA